AUGUUUCGCGCCGCGCCAAAGCUCAGAACAUUAGCUCGCCCGUCGAACCUCUAUCGCCCGCUCUCCACCACCGCCCACCUCCGCCGUCUUGUCCAGCUAAACGAAUCCGUCCGAUCGCAUACCGUCCGCUUCCAGAAUCCGCCGUUAUUUACCCCUCUCCGUAUCGCCUCGUUCAUUCUCUAUUCCUCAUGCCUGAUCGGCUACGUCUGGUACUUUUUCCCGGAACUAGAGAUAGAAAUACAAGAGGGUGUCGCCGAUGAGCAGACAACACUAUCUGAUUCCGAUUUCGCCCAUGAAGACUCCUUCUUCAUCCCCAUGACAUGGGCGAAGAAACUGCCUCGCUCCUUCUACAAAGGCUCCGAUCCGGAAUGGCAAGAGUUUGUUAAGGUCUCAAAGGACAAGGCUCGCCACAAGAAGAUUCAAUCCGAACUGGUCAAGAUUGUCUACGAUACUGCUCAAAAGCACCCAGCCUUCGUCAAACAACUCGGUCGCGACACAAAGGUUGGCCAAUGUUGGCUCGACAUCAUUUUCCCCGACGGUCCUCCACAAGAAUACGCUCGUGCCGGCAUUGAGUUUGGCGACGAUUUUGUUGCCUAUGCCCUCCAGCGCAUUGAUGCUCAGCAGCAACAUCGAAUUACUCGCACGCUCUGGCCGUCCGCUGCCUUUAACGGAAUAUACAACAGCACUAAGGUCCUUGCUGGCAUCCAAUAUCAUCGCCUGAAACAAUUGAUGGGUUGGGAGGUUGACUCUACACCUGGUAGCCACGAUGCCAAAUACCAACAUCUCUUACAGCUGCUACAGGCCCAGCAAGCCCAGCAGGCCCAGCAGGCCGAGCAAGCCAAAACGCAAGCAGGUGCGCCGGAUGCAAACGCAGACAAGUCAAGUAGCGCCUCAUCGUUGUUUCCAUGGGCAGCCAAGGUGCCACAACCAACGUCAAGCAUAGAGAUGCCGAUAGCUCAACAUAUUUUCCAUGCCACCUUGGCUCAAGGGAAGAUUCCCAAGAAGAUGGAACCGCCAAGAGGAAGUUUUGUUGUCCAAGGAUUGAUUCAACUCAAGGGAAGCAGAUCUAUUUUAACACUGGACGUGCAAGCUUUCUACGACCCGAAGGCCAGUCACUUUGUUGUGGUGAACGCGACUCCUAGGACCAUCAAGCAGAGAAAGCAGUCACCAAAGGGAGGUGACUGA